AUGUCAGAGGAUCUUGCAUGGGAAAAUCAGAGUUCUGUGUCAGAAUUCAUCUUGUUGGGCUUCUCAAGUCAGCCCCAAAUGCAACUGAUGCUGUUUGUGGCCUUCCUGGUCCUGUACCUUCUGACCCUGUUGGGCAAUAGUCUCAUUAUCACCCUCAUCAUGACAGACUCUCGCCUCCACACACCCAUGUACUUUCUCCUAGCCAACCUUUCCUUCUUGGAUAUUAGCUAUACCACCACCACGGUACCCCAGAUGUUAAUACACCUCCUCUCCAAGAGGAAAACCAUUUCUUAUGCUCGCUGUGCUGCCCAGAUGUACAUCUUCCUGUCCUUGGGGAUAACCGAGUGCGUCCUCUAUGCUGUGAUGGCUUAUGAUAGAUAUGUUGCCAUCUGCCACCCACUGCGCUACGCCAUCAUCAUGAGCAGACCUUCCUGUAUCAAGCUGGCUGCUGGGUCUUGGACCUGUGGCUUUCUCUUUGCCAUGAUGCACACUGGUUUCACCAUGAGGUUGCCCUACUGUGGCCCAAACGAGAUCAACCACUUCUUCUGUGAGGUGCCAGCCAUCUUAAAAUUGGCCUGUGCAGACACACGGGUCAAUGAGGUCGUGGACUUUGUGCUAGGUGUGAUUCUACUGAUGACCCCUCUUUCUUUGAUUGUGGUGUCUUACUGUUUCAUCUUUGCAGCCGUUUCAAAGAUCCGCUCUACUGAAGGCAAGUUCAAGGCGUUUUCUACUUGUAGUUCACACAUCACUGUUGUGACCCUCUUCUACAGCGCUGCCAUGUUCAUGUACAUGCGCCCAGCAUCCAGCUACAAGCCAGAGAGGGACAAGAAGUUUUCACUUUUUUACAAUGUGGUAUCUGCUUUGUUGAAUCCAUUUAUCUACAGCCUAAGAAACAAGGAUGUCAAAGGAGCCUUGGUCAAACUGGUCUGUAAAGAGUGA